UCUCGAAGGCAACACGACCAACACUCUGCCAUGAGCGACUACAAGAAGACCGUGACCGCCGCUGGCGCUGCUCUGCUCUCGGAGCUGCCACAGCGCGUGGCGCAGGUGCAGGCGCUGCUGGAGCAGCACGCGGGCGAACGCACGCCUUCCAAGCUACGCACCAAGUUCGCGCAGGCGGUGCUGGCGGCUCCGGCCGCUGUGAGCUCCAACGGCGAAGUGCAGGCUCUGCUGACGGUUGUGGGGGAUGAGGUGGCACAGCUCAUCAGUACCAUUCAGCAGCUGCAGGUUUGGAUCCAAGUGCAGGUGCCUAAGGUCGAGGACGGCAACAAUUUCGGCGUGGAGGUGCAAAAGUACGCGUUUGUGCACCUUAAAGAGGCGCUCGAGAGGUGGCAGAAGACGUGGGACUCGAUGGCCGACUACAGCUCGGCGCGCGCCACGGCGGUGGAGAAACUCAACGCUAAGGCUAGUUCCGAGACCAGCACGACGACCACUGUCACCUCCUCGAAGGGCGGCAAGGACGGCGAUGAGGAGAAGAGCGUCACAGCUAAGGUGGAGAAACAGAGCAAUGCUGGCACCAAGGCGCCCGAGGACGCCAUCGCCGCCGUCGUGGAAAUCGAUAUCAAGUGGUACUUUAACCUCGCACGCGCCCUCGAGGGCGUACGCGACCAAUAUGCCGUCACGGAGGACGUAAUUUUCAAGAACAAGGAGAAGAUCGAGUUGCCGCGCGGAAAGAACGACCGCGCCGGAUUCAACAUGUUCUAGACGUACCAAGAAGACAAAGAUACACUAGACGGUGGCUGGAUUUUAGUAGGGCCUGGCCUGUUGUGAGCUGAAAGAAAAAUGUUGCGUGAACUGGACGUAGCACUGGAUCGCUAGUUGGCAAGCAAAGGAGGACUGAGAAACGCUACCGUUUCGUAAUCUAAAUGAGGCAUAAGAACUUCGUGUGACGCAGUGA